UACCCAUAACUGAUAUUACAAAUACCUUAUUCAACAUUGGCUCAUCAUAGUCAACAAACCUCUAUUACUAUGGGCUUGUUAGAUGUGGGUCGAACCUCUGUUGUGAUCAUCUACGUUUUGCUGCACAUUACGGGCAGCCUGGCGAAAGAGUGUGUGGUGUACGCUGACGGGAACUACAUCUCCCGCGUUUGCGACGACUGUUGCCGCUACGGCAGGAAUAGAAUAUGUUGCAGCGACAUAAAGCAAAGACCGUUCAAUAGUGUUGCCGUGAUGAUCGGUUGUGUCAUGGUACUUGCCUUCAUUGGGAGUGUUUGUACAGCAGUGUAUAUUAAGUGCGUGCUGCCUGGAAAACUCCGGCGUCGUGCAGAACCUUGCCCCGCUGGUUCGACAGCAAAACAACCUGCUGCAGUUCGUUUGCACCAACUCAGCCCUCUCGUCUCCACCCCGCCGGCUCCCCGUCCGGCGUACACUCCUAGCAAAACUGGAGCUCCAACCUUCAGUUCCUGGGUGUAAAGGCCGCUUCAUUGGACCAGCCAGUAUACGUGUCAUUGGACCACCGGCCUUACCACCAUCUCCUUUGAAUACCAUCUCCUAACCACUUACUGACUCCUCUCUCCAUCCAGCAAAUGAGAGGAUGGCGAAAUUCAAAAACAGGUCCUUGGUUAUGUUUAUUGUGAUUAGCGUUCCUCCUAGGAUUCAGAAAGGGCAGGGUAACUUCGUAGAAAAAGGCGCUUCAUAAUUUAAAAGGGCAUGUAGGUGAGGAUUAUUGAAAUAAUGAUAAAAUAUAUAUUUUGUCAAAGACAGUCUUACAAUUUUAAUUCUGGAGUUCAUUUGUAUUCUUCUCUCAUUUUAAUUUAUGAUUAUAAUUUGAAAAAGUAUUUCAAGUCAAAGGGCAGGGCACAAAAAUUUAAGGACACCGCCCUCCUGAAUGUGCCUAGGGGGAGCACUAGUGAUGUUAUUAUCUCACGUAGGUUUUCCCAACUUUAUAUUUCAUCAUUACAAACCCGUGAAGGUCAGGGUUAGAAUGAACCUUCAGUAACCCAUGCUUGUAGUAAGAGGCGACUAACGGG